CCUUCCUCCGAGAUUGGUUUGUUCAGGGGAGGGAGGGCCCCCAUCUUCUGCCAAACCCGGGAAAUAACCUGGCCAAGUUUAGUCGCUCGCUGGGGCCGCUCCGGGAAGGUCCCGGCGGGUGAUACACUGCCAAGCCUCCUUCCGUUUCCCGGCAAGUCCGGCCGGGUGGAGAGAAGAGCAGCCCCAACAGGCGGUGGGCGGAAUGCCGAACUUCAGUUUGAAGGGGGUCAGGAGCUAAAGGGGUUAAAACCGACGCCCCCACUUCCCGCCUCCCUCAGACGUCCACCCAGCUGGCCAUGGGCAGCCGCGACCACCUGUUCAAAGUGCUGGUGGUGGGGGACGCCGCAGUGGGCAAGACGUCCUUGGUGCAAAGAUACUCUCAGGACAGCUUCAGCAAACACUACAAGUCCACGGUGGGAGUGGACUUCGCUCUGAAGGUUCUCCAGUGGUCUGACUCAGAGAUGGUGAGGCUCCAGCUGUGGGAUAUUGCAGGACAGGAGCGCUUCACGUCCAUGACACGACUAUACUACCGGGAUGCCUCUGCCUGUGUUAUUAUGUUUGAUGUUACCAAUGCCACUACCUUCAGCAACAGCCAGAAAUGGAAACAGGACCUGGACAGCAAGCUCACGCUGCCCAAUGGGAAGCCUGUGCCCUGCCUGCUCUUGGCCAACAAGUGUGAUCUGUCCCCUUGGGCAGUUAGCCGAGACCAGGUUGACCGGUUCAGUAAGGAGAACGGUUUCAUAGGAUGGACAGAAACAUCGGUCAAGGAGAACAAAAAUAUUAAUGAGGCCAUGAGAGUCCUCAUCGAAAAGAUGAUGAGCAAUUUCAGAGAAGAUGUGUCUUUGUCCACCCAAGGGGACUAUAUCAACCUACAAACCAAACCCUCCUCCAGUUGGGGCUGCUGCUAGGAGUGUUCUGCAUGCUUUGCCUCCCAGUUCUAACCCCUUCCCUUUGGUUGCCCACUCAGCAAUUUAAUUAAGUACAUUUGAACUGUCUCCUGCUGACUGGCCAGUAAGAAGGGCUAUCAUCACCAAGAAGUGACACCGGAGGCCCAGGUGCAUUUCUGCAUCUCCCUCAACUUGGUUCUCACUUGCUGCUGGCUUACAUGGCCCAGGUAGUGCCUCUUGUACAAGGUCAUCUCGUCACUCAGUUUGUGAUCUGGGGCUUUGUGGGAAGGAUUAGAAAUCAGUAUCUGUGUCUUAAGAAUCAUAAUUAUCAGCUGCCUUUGAGCUUAUAUUUCCAUGUGAUGUAUGUUGAGAUAGCAAUCUGAUAUGACUUCAGAUUGAGAGGAAAAUGAAAUCAAGGGUCAUUUCCCAAAUUCCUUGCAGGUCAGGCUUUCAGAUUCUGUCUUGGAAUUUGAAUUUACUGUAACUAUCUGAUUUUGAGAUGCAGAAGGAGUGGAACUGGAUGUCUUUGAGUUUUGGGCUACUUGGAAGUGACUCAGAAGUCACUGUAUUUUUUAAACUUCUGAAGUCAUAAUUACCAUGUUUUUUGGACCAUAAGAUGCACCUAGGUUUUAGAGGAGGAAUAUAGGGAAAAAAUUUUUGAAGCAAAAUAUGUAAAAUAUUUAAUAACAAUAUUUCACCAAUAUAAAUGUAAACAGAACUCAACAGCAACAUUAACAACUAUUAUUCCUCCCAAAUUUGGGGCGGGCAGGGAAGGGGGCAUGCGUCUUAUAGUCCAAAAAUACGGUAGCUUUCUCUUGUCACUUACUCUGGCCAGGUGACUCAGUUGUUUGGAGAAUCGUCCUAUGUACACACACACACACACACACAAAAUGUUGUAGGUUCAAUCCCUGGUCGGGGCACAUACCUAGGACCUAGGAUGCAGGUUUGAGCACUAGUUGGGCACAUAUGGGAGGCAACCAGUCGAUCUCCCUCUCUCCAAAUCAAUAAACAUAUCCUCAGGUGAGGGCAAAAAAAGAAUAGUCAAGCUUUUCACUAUUUUGUAUGAUGAGAGAUUUUCUUUCCACAGAGAAAUUACUUCUCACAUCAGGGUCUAAUUGUCCCCGUAGUGUAGGGUAGGGGCAGGGUUUGCAGGUUCCUGGGUUGAUGUCCUGAUGCAUAACACUGCCAGUGGAGCCGGUUGCCUGUUUCUUGCAGCUCUGAGGUUGCGAAUGGAAGAAGAGGGAGAGGUUUACUAGAACAAAACCCUGUGGGGCAACUUGCGUAGGAGCAGUCUGGGUGACUAGCACUUAACAGCCAGAGGAAAUGAAUGUUAUGUACAGACUUUUGUCUGGGGAUGGGAGUAGGUAGAAAAUCAUUAGCUAAUUUAACUGCUAAAUCAGCUAGGGUUUUAAGAUUUCUGGGCCCAGCCUCAAACUUACUGAAUGAACAUUUCUGGGGGUGAAGCCUUGGAAUUUGCUAUUUUUCCAAGUUUCCCAGGUGACUUUGAUCAGUCUGGUCUGAAAGCAAACCAAGCUGGAGAACUUGGUACCAAGUUGCAGAGACCCAGGCCUUUCCUGUUAGUUCUCCAGGUGAUUCUGAUGCACACCAGACUUUAAAAACCACUGUCUUAAGGGAGAGAUUAGAAGCCAAAUAUCAGAAAAAGAAUGAGAGCCAAGCCUUCAGUAGUUUGUUUAUUUUUGUUUGUUUUUAAUGCCAAUUAUUAUAACUUCUGCACAACUUUUGAGACCUCGAAGUUCUCUUUUGUAUUACCCUUUUCAGGAAGAAUUUUUAUUACAACGAUUCUGAAGAUAAUAGUGGAUUAACAUUCACUUUAUAUGAGAGGAAAAUUGGUUUUUAUGCACUGGUACAAACCCCUGAAAUAUCAUAAAUAAAUGGGAAAUAAAUCUUG